AGACUGGCAAAAUGGUUCACCACUCUGUCGCCCAAGGAGAAGGCCAAAAUCAUCAAGGAUGUUUCUCAACUAGUUCUCGCUCGGCGGACUCGAAUGUGCAACUUUCUCGAAUACAAGGAUACCAAGAUUGUCUAUCGUCGCUAUGCAUCUCUCUUCUUCAUCGCCGGUUGUGACUCGACGGACAACGAGCUGAUCACCCUCGAGAUCGUUCACCGUUAUGUUGAACAGAUGGAUAAAUACUAUGGGAACGUGUGCGAACUGGACAUCAUUUUUAAUUUCCAAAAGGCCUACUUUAUUCUGGACGAACUCCUCCUGGCCGGGGAGAUGCAGGAAAGCAGCAAGAAAAAUGUGCUGAGGUGCAUCAGUCAAGAGGAUAGCCUCGAAGAUAUGGAGUGUAUCCCUUUGAGGAUCGCCGAACCCUGGGUUAUAUGA